UCCUUCGAAAUUCCUCAUUAUCAUAUCACACUCUGAAAAAGCUUUUUAAUUCCCUCUAGGCAAUUUCCUCAUCAUCUCUGAGCUCUUAAUCAAUUACCUAACUUCUGAUCAUGGCUUUCCUAUGCUCUCGUUACAUGCUCGUCUCAAUUUUAAUGAUGAUUUCUCUUCAAGUCGUGUAUGUCUCCUCCUUGGAAUUCCAAGUUGGUGACACUACUGGUUGGGCAGUUCCUCCCGCAAAUGACACCAAUUUUUACAACAAUUGGGCGUCCAAUAUGAGGUUCAAAGUCGGCGACACCAUUCGUUUCAAGUACAAGAAGGACUCAGUAAUGGAGGUGACAGAGAAUGAAUACAAGAAAUGCAACUCAACACGCCCCCAUUUCUUUUCCAACACAGGAAACACGAUGUUCAAAUUGGAUCGUUCUGGCUAUUUUUAUUUCGUGAGUGGAGCAGCAGGACACUGUGAGAGAGGAGAGCGUAUGAUCGUCAGGGUUCUGGUACAGGAUGUGAUCAAUGAUUAUUCUGCAGCUUUAGCUCCCACAUUGGCACUCUUUCGACAACUUUAUGCUCUUCCUCUUGUGUUCUUUCUUUUCAUUUCACAUCUCUACUAAAUAGCUAGAUCUUUAGUUUUAUCAAUUUGUUGCUGAUUUCUAGCACUAGUUUAUGUUGGAUUGUUGUUUUACGCCUUUUGGGUUUUGUGUCUGUUCAUUACUUAGUACUUUGUUGAAA